GAGAGCUAGCUAUGAGGUAGAGAGAGAAAGAGAGGGAGGUAGCAGAUGGUGUUGAGUUGUAGGAGGGGAAAGGAGGAAGAGAGUGAGUGAGGCUCCCAUUCUGUGUUCGUAACGUAAAGCUGUCAAUUCAUUCCACACGAUUUUUAUCAUGUCAGCGGAAUUCACAAAAGCUGCUGAAGAGGCGAAGGCGCUGAGUACAACUCCAUCAAAUGAUGAGUUGUUGGAAUUAUAUUCUCUCUACAAACAAGCUACAGUUGGUGAUAAUAACAUAGAUGAACCUGGCAUUUUGAACAUGAAAGCUAGGGCUAAAUGGAAUGCUUGGAAUGCUAGAAAAGGAACAUCAAAAGAAGAAGCGGAAACCUUAUACGUUAAAAAAGUUGAAGAGUUGAAAUUAAAAUAAGGAUAAACAAGCUCUUGACCUGAUAGAGCCAGGAUUUGAUUCCUUUCACAUCUGCAGCCAUUAUGAACAUCUGUUGCUAAAUUAAUUUCUUUUUUCUUAAAAUUAAAAUAAUUUCUAUAAUAUUC